GUGCAAGGCUUGCUUGCAUUCCUACUUGCAUAUGUAUGUGCGUUAUUAUCGGAGAUAAUUACCUUAUAAAGGAUGCUUUGCUUGUAGUUAUGCGGUUCAUCCAUUACCGAGGCAAACUUCGAGCGCCAGGAAAGUUUGCCGUAUAUGAAAGACGCUAAAGGACAACAUAAUUAGUUACUAGCCUAGCGCGAGCAUGGAGGACGGCUCGGACGCGCUUAAGGAAGGAAUUGCUCCAGACAGCGUCGGGAAUCCAGAGCUUGUGGCCAAUACCUCUAUAGAAGCCGUUGACGCUGGUCCUAACACUGGAAAUGGGUCAGCCGGGGGCGAUGAAGGGUCUGCGAAUGUAGCGAAUGAGGAAGGGAGACUAGAGGGAGCCAGUGAAGCCGGCGACGAUAGCAAUAUGAACGGGCUUGCUUCAGACAAUGGACCCAGCGGGGCCGAGGACGCGGUUGAGGAUGCGAGCACCACCGUCGCUGGGCAUGGAGCCGAACACAGCGGCACAAGAGGGGCGGACGAAAGCGGCACCGCUGGCAGCCCUGGAAACGAGUCGGGCAUCCAAGGUACAUCCGAAGCUCCUGAAACCAGCGGCUUUGCUUACGUUACGGCUGAGGAGGCAGACACGGCAACCAUGGAUGCUGCGCUGGCAUCUGCAGAAGCCGACGUCCCAGCAGCAUUAGCAGGCGUCCCAGCGGCGUUAGCAGAGGCGGGCGUGGAUGAUAGCAGGUCCCCAGGCACCGACAGUGAUGCCCAGCAGGUAGAGGCCUUGACAGGUGGCGUUGCCGCCGAUGAGGAUUCAAGCGCAUUGCCAGCAGAUGUCUCCAGCAGAGGCGUGGACGGGCAGUACGACACAAGUCCUACAGCGGACGCCUCAGCCGCCAUGGAUGCUGCUGACCCUCAGCCGCAACAGCAAGCCGCUGAUGGUGACGGCGACGGCAGCGGCGACUUUCGCCCAGUAGACGCCGGCGAGUAUGACACAGGGUCAGAAGCUUAUCCGUACGGCAGCAGCCGCGGCCCUGACGCUGACGUCGGCGCCGACGGCGACGGCGCCGCCGACUCCGCUCAGCCCAGCAGCGGCCUGGAGGAGGCGAUGUCGGCGGGGGCGAGGAGCUUCCGGUCAAUCUACAGUCUACCGGCGGAACCGAGGGAGACGGAGGGGGAUGGGGCGGGGGGUGUGCUUGGCGAGCGCUCCGCAGGCAGAAGUACGGCAGCAGCUGACGCAGACGCAGAUGACGGCGAUGCGGGUGAGGGCGAGGCUGGCGCUGGUGGUGGUGGUGGUGGUGGUGGAGGAGGUGGUGGGUAUGAGGAGGAGGAGGGCUACACGGGUGAGGCAUUCCAUGAAGACGAAGAUGAGGGCGAUGGCGGCGGUGGAGACGGAGGCGAAGCUGACGGGGAGGCGGCGGCUGCUACCGCGGAGGAGGGCGGUUUCGGAGCCGAAGAUGAGUCUGCGCAGGAUGCAUCACCUGACGCCGCCGCCGAAGAAGAAUACGAGGCUGCACGAGCUGCUGCUGAUCCAGAUCGGGGAGCGUCUCCAGAUCUCCAAGCAGCAGCAGCAGCGGAAGAAGGAGCCGCAGAUGGCGAAGGCGACGGCGACGGCGAUCUCUCGUCCACUCGCUCUCCCCGAGUGUUCACAUACCUCUCACCAGAUUACAACGAGUACGAACGAUCCGAAUCCGAAUCCGCCGCGUCACGGGCCGCUGCCCGCCGUACAGAAUCAACUGCCGCCGCCAGUGCUGCGCCCUCCGCCGCUUACACCACCGGCGGCGGCACCGCGGCCUCUUUUGUACGGCGGCUCAGCGGUGGCAGCGACCGCUCCGCCGCCGCCGCCGGUGCCGCAGCAGCGGCCUCGGAGGGCUCCCAACGCCGCCGUAGUACGGAGGCCUCAUCAUCCUCCCAACGCCGCCCAUCUGACGAAGGCCCCCUCCUCCCGCCGCCGCCCUCCCUGCCCGCCUCCCAACGAGGCUCCAUAUCCUCUACGUCUGGAGCAGCGGCGACGGUGGCGGCGGCUGGCGUCGCCGCCGACGAGCUGUCGUACUCCCGCCGCGGCAGUUCCGCCUCCGCCAGGCGCAGCAGCGGCGUCGGCGUCGGCAGCGGCGGAGCUGCGCCGACGUCACGGCCUGACAGCUCGGACGCGGGUGCCGUACAACGCGCCUCCGGCUCCUUCACCUCCGCUGCAAGUGCCAGUGCACGUCGCGCCUCAGGUGCCGGACAACAACAAGAGUCCUUGACGGUGGUCACGGCGACGGCCGCCGCCGUCGCCGCCGUCGGCUCCCUCGCCAGCAUCCCCGCCGCCAGCACAGCGACGGCGGCGCCGCUGCUGCCGCCGCUGCCGCUGCACUCCGUCGACGCCGCCUCUCUGUACGGCAGCAGCCCACCCGACGUACGGCAACCGCCGCUGUCACAAGCGCCGCCGCCUCUGCCAGCCUCCACGGCGCCGCCAGGGGGCACCACCACGCUGCCUCCGCUGCCCCGAACUGGUCCCACCUCCGUCGCAGGUACCUCCGUCGCCGCCGGUACCGCCACAUCCAUCGUCAGCCCCUCCGCCGCCGCCACCUCCGCUGCCCCGCCGCCUCCGCCGCCGUGUCCUCCCCCCCGCAGCAGCCGUAGCGGCCCUGUGCACCUGCUGCCCACGCAUGUGCAACCCAAGGGCCCGCUGGACGAGUGCGCCACGCAGGCGGCUAGCGAGCACGUGAGGACGGUUUGGUCGACUGGUAACAUCUGCGGCAUUCGCUCCCUGCCCAAUGCGUUAAGCCCAGAUUUUAGGGAGCGGCUCUACUCGGAGCUGCUCAACGCCGCCCAGCGCGAGCGCUCCUCCGCGCCCCCCGGCACUCGGGGGCGGCUGGCGGAUCUGUCGUACGGGCUGCAGGGGGGCCUGCUGGCCAUGCCGCUAAGUGGCAUGGGGCAGAAGCAAGUGGCGAAAGUCAACCCGCUGAGUGGGAUGUUCACACAGUACGAGUACCUGCCUUCCGAGUACGACAGGGCCAAACUGACGGGAAAGUACGACCGACUCAAACACAAGCUGGCGCAGACCUCACCCUCCGAGUUCAUCGUACGGGCCACCCCCCAGGCGCUCCGAGGCGCCCCCGCAUUCACCGAAUUCAACUACGUAAACGACCCCGCCGACGCCUUCUCCUCCACCAUGCACGCGGAUGGCGACCUGGCGAGGUCCAAGUAUUCGAGGACCGCAACGGCAGCGUGGUGGUUUCCUUCGACAAGGCGCGUGCGGUGUGUGAGGGCGACCUGACCUCCUACAUGAACACCCUGGCCAAGCGACACCACCUCAUCUCCGCCUACCACCUGCUCAAAGACGCAACCCAGUGGGGCCUUGUGGACGCCGACACGCAGGCUGUGUUUUUCGUGCUGUGGCCGCCUUGGGUACGACACCGCUACCUGGGGCCGCAUGCGGCGGCGGCGUUUGGGGAGGCUGCGAAUGGGCGGCCGGGCACGAGAGGGAGCAGCAGCAGUGAUGAGGAGGAGGGUGCGGG